AGAUAGGCUUCACUUUCAUUCUUUUAAUAUAAUUGUCCUCUCAUUGAGGAAUUGAAUUAUUUAGUGUCAAUAACCAAAGUAUUCAUAAGUUUCCUAAAAAUGUAUAAAGUUCAAAAGUUCAAAAACUAAAUAAUUCCGAUGGAUCGAAAAUCUGAUCAAGCCGUAGUUUACAAAACCUUUCGUCCCGUCAACUCACCCGAGACGGAAGAUGAUACUAGAAACCGAAACAGCAUUUACUACGACCAUUUACUAACCGAAGCGCUAAGCUCUGUCCCAAACAUAACUGUUUCUAUUGCACCAGUAACCACUCCCCCAAUUUCCGCAUCUCAACCUGGCUCAAUUACUGAUCAAAGCUGGGUGAAUUCCGUCUCCUUCGACAUAUUUCAAACGGACGGUGACCGUGUCCUGAAUGGGCCUCGGGUAUUAAACGCCGUUGCCACAACGGCGAACGAGGCUAACAAAUCUGAACCGAUUUUACGCAAAAUUGUUUUUACCCGGGAUGGCGUGCAAGUCCUCAAGUGCGAAUAUCGGUGCAGUUUAAGAUACGGGUUUCCAGAGUUCCGCUUUUCCUCACCAAGCAGCAGUAUCUCACCUGUUAAUUGGACCAGUGAAGCCCCCCUUGCCCCAGGAAUGUUGGGAUUUGUUUGUUCCUUUCUCUGCCCUUGUUUCUGCCUCUGCUUUCCCACAGCGACCACGGUCCUGCAGAAUAAAAAAGGACAAGAAAAACUUCUCCUUGGGGAGGAAUGGAUAGUCGUUGCCAGAAAGAUAAACAUUUUUCGACCUGCCAGCAAGACCAGUCCAAAGACGAAGGUGGGUCACAUACACACGUCAGAAUUUAGGAAAAACCAAAAACUCACGAUAACAUUUGACGAUGGGGCUGACUCAAUGAACGAGAGACUUCUCAUAAUCGGUGUUGCGGUCGGAUUGCUUGACAAACAAUACAUGGUUAAACUUAUGGCAUAGAAAUAUCAGAAGAAAUCGCAACUGGAAUAAGCAAACAGUACUUUUCAUAAACAUUUAUAUAAAUAUGUAUGUAAAUAUGGUAAGGGAUGAUUUUUUGUAAAGUAAAUUUUUGGAUUCAACUCGGGAUUUUAAACUUAAAAUUUA